AUCUUGACAUAUGAACACACAGAAAGAGAAACAGCAGAUUCAGGAGAUAAACACACUAGCUCAAAGGUAAGAACAACUUACAAUAAAAUAAUACUUUAUCACACUCUUUCAGGUUUGUAAAUGAAUGUCAGCAUUCCAUUUAGGAACGUCUAAUAAAACUAAUAUCUAAUUCAAAUUCUUAGUUAAUCAUUCUUAAACUGUAAGUGGAUAGAAACAAUGAGUGAUGGGAAUGUUGAUAUUUACCUUCAGUGAUGUGUAAAAUGUUAUGAAGAGUUAUAAAUUAUGACCAAAGGAAGACACUAAACAAGCCGUGAUUUAAUAUUACAAGUUUUAUACACUUCACAUUAAAGUCGACAAAUAAACUGUGUUUAUUUGGGUGAGUUUUAACAAAACGUGCCUUGAAUCAUCCUAAAGGAAAUACAUGUAAGAUUAUACAUUCUUCUGCACUUGCAAACUUGUACUGUGAGAUAAAUAUUAUUAAAGAUGUGCUUUGUAGGACAUGUUUUGUUUAUGUUGGAAUCUGAAAAGAGACAAUGGACUGGAGAGGAACAAUAAAGUACUCUCAGUCAAGAUGACUUGCAGUAGACUGUCUGAAAGUGUUUGUUAUCAGUAGCUGUUUACAGGGACAAAAUUAUGCUGGAAGAGCGUUACUAACCAAUCAGAAUCAAGCAUUCUAGAGAGUAAUUUAGUUAGUAAUAUAUUUUUUUAAUUAAUAUAUAUAUAUAUUCUGAGCUUUAAAAAUGUAUUUAACCCUUAGAAAUGGCACGAACUCUAUAUUUCAGAUUUCUUCUCAUUGCACUCGGCCCAUUAUAUGAAUGCAUUCCGCGGCAGUAUUACUAUAUAACCAGAAAGAACACCUGGCCUGAUGAUCAAAUCUACAACAUGGAUGAUGUGAAAGAGCUGAUGAAGACUGUGAAAAACAAUGAGAACGUCUGGAUUGGACUGAAGAAAACAAGUGUUUAUAAAUGGAAGUGGUCUUGGGAUAAGAUGAUAUUGAUCAAACAGAAUCUGAGUUGGACUGAAGCUCUAAUAUACUGCAGAAAGAAUCACGUGGAUCUGAUUUCAGUUGAUUCAGAGGAGAUUGAGAAAAGGCUGAAGGCAGUGGUUCAACAUGCUUGUACUGCUGAAGUUUGGCUGGGGUUACGUCACUCGUGCACUGUGGGCAUUUGGUUCUGGGUGAAUGGAGAGAUGGUGUGUUAUGAGAAAUGGGCUGAAGGGAAUCAAACAGCAGUGGAGAACUGUGAAACUUUGAUGAGAUCUGGAGCGGUUCAGUCUGGAGGAGAUCAUCGCUGGAUCAGCCUUCCUGAAACUGAGAGACGCAAUUUCAUCUGUAUGCACUGGAUAGGAUGAAGAAUGAAAUCACACAAUGUGUGUGUCUGUCACUUGUUGUGAUACACAAAGCUAUUUAAAGGCAUACUAUAGAUUAAAUACACACGUUCCAUCUAAAGCAACAUUAAUGGAUCCUGGAUUUGGAUGCAGACACAUUUCUCUUCACAAAUGGUUAUCACAUGUCUCAUUGCAUGUAUGGAACAAAAAAUAUAACAUUGUGAUUCAAUUACUCAUCAGAUAUUUUCAUCAUAAAAAGUCUAAAUCAUCAGAAAUAAUCUAAUUUUAAUAUUAGGAGCAUUGAAGUUUCACUUCAAUCUUUUAUUUUACUAUGAUUACUAUAAAUAAAAAAUUUGACAUGUGUCAGGAGAUAUUCAAGACAUCAAAAUUACAUUUUCACAGAAUGUUCUUUGCAUUAUGCAGUGAUUUUAUUUAAAGAAAUAUAUAUAUUUGUAUGAUUCUUUGUCUGUGUUUCCCUGACAGGUAGACUAAUUCAUGAGCUCAGAGUUCUAAUAUAAUACUUGUUUGUGUAUGAUCUACAUACUGUACUGUUUCCUGUUAUUAGCAUACUGUGAUGAUAGCAGCAAGACAAUGGGCGUCAAUUCUCCACUUAUUGUUAAAGAUUCUCAGUCAUAAGUAAACCAUAAAAACCUCACCCUUUGACCCAGUUGCUACACACUGGUAAGAGCUUUGCGUUAACAACGUAAGGUUGUAGGUUCAAUCCCAUGGGAUUGACCAUACCUAUGUAUAAAUGUAUAGGAUAAUGCAAUGUCGCUUUGGAUAAAAGGGUCUGCCAAAUGCAUAAAUGUACAUGUAAGUAAAAAAAUGAGAAGUGUAGAUCCAAAAACAAUUAAAACAGCUGAUAUUAACCCCCAAAAUGAUCUGUGACAGGCCAGAGUUUAUUAGCACUACACUGCAUUUAUAAAAUGUAAUUACUGAUGCUUUACUAAAUUGAUACAUUAAAUUAUACAGUUAAUAUAGUACAAUAAUUAUUGUAUGAACAAUUACUUAAAUGGAAAGAAGAGCUGGAUUUAAACGUGUCUUGAAACGGAGGGGGAGAACCCAACUGGCACGGUGGUGAAGGGGUUUUAACACAGAUAUUUAUUAUAAUAAUAGACACUACUUAAAGACAAAACAAAGCCCACGGUGGGGAAAACAAGACUGGGAUAAACUAUGAACAAGACAAGAUGAAGGAACCAUGACAUAAAUGUUUGUGACUGUUAAUAAUCACAAUUUCGUCUAGCCAACAACAGCCUUUCUUAUUUUAAUUAGCACCCCCAAUGUGUGCAUUGUUUUAAUACAAAUUUAAAAAGUAUAUACUUUUCCAUAAGAAAAAUAAUAUAAACUAAAAUAAGCAAGUGCAUUGUGACAUAGCAUAAGUCAAAGUAAGUUAUCAACAUUUAGACAUAAAGUUUCGUCAAAUCACAGCGUAUGUUCUUAUAGUUCAGACACUUUGAGAAAAAUCUUCUGGCAUGAAGAAUCCAGGCUUGAUGUUGCUCUGCUGUUAUAACAUCACAAGAUUCAUCCAUGUGUUGAAGAAGAGUGACAUGCUCAUGUUGAUGGUGAUCAUACAACUGUAAUUUACAAAUUAUCACAGAACAAUCUGACCAGUUAAAAAUCUAUAGACAUCAUAAAUGAUUUAUUAAUUUAACAUUAAGAUCAGUUGAAUUAAAUGAGACAAAUAUAUAAAACAGACUAAUAAGAGAAACAAAUCAAAAGUUUGAUCUUGAUAAUAUUAUGCAAGGCAGUUACUGUUUGUAAACAUGUUGAAAUGUUUUAAAAAGCGUAUUUUUGAUUAUCUGUUGUAUAGUGUUUUGUAAAUGUACACCUUGAUUGUAAAAAUGGCACUAAACCAAUAAAUAAAACAAUAAUCAAAAGUAAAUAAAUAAACAACUGCUAAAAGAUUAAAUACAAUUGUUCUAAUUUAAAGAAACUCUCGUCUCUCAGCAGCUGCAGUAUGUGUCAGGUGUAUCAGUGCAGUCACUGUUCAGUCUGACUGACGGAGGUUUUUGUACGACUCUUUAUCACUGUGUCAACACAUACUUGCUAUUAGGAUAGUGUCCACUCUGACAGUAAUAAUCUCCUGAAUCUUCAGUCUGAACUCCACUGAUGCUCAGAGUGAAAUCUGUGUUUGAUCCACUGCCACUGAAUCUAGAUGAUACUCCAGUGUAGAGGGUAUUUAUGUAAUAUAUGAGGAGUUUAGGAGCUUCUCCAGGUUUCUGUAAGUACCAGUGUAACCAAUUACUAUAUAUUCCACUGCUGACUUUACAGUUUAUUUGAACACUUUGUCCUGGUUGAACUGCUGUUAUUGAUGGACUCUGAGUA